ACUGCUCCCGCCCUGCCUCGCGCCGCCGCCACCGCCACUGCCGCCGGCGCCGCUCCUCCUCCGUGUCAGUUGUUGAGCUGUAAUGGCGACUGGGCCGCCGCUGCCGAAGUGACUCCCGGGCGGGGGAGCGGGGCCGGACCUGCGCCUGAGAGGACUGCGGAGAGCCGCAGCUCGGGACGCGGGGCUCGCGGCCGAGCAGAGGAGGCCGCCUCUGCGCCUCUCCUUCCUUCCCUGCCGCCCGGCAGAUCCCGGGAGCCGGGGCGAGGCGGGCACCCGGUGCGUCCCCGGAGCGGGGAGGCCAGGCCGGGCAGCCCUGGGUCCGGUCGGGGCGGCGUCACUGCACCCUCCGCCAGGCCCCGCGGGAUGCACCGUGGGAGCCGCGGGCGGAGGCGACACUCUCAGGUAAAUUGGCAAGAUGAGGAGCAGCAAGUCAAAAGAGGUGCCUUUACCAAAUCCAAGGAACUCUCAAAGCAAGGAAGCUGUUCAAGAUGUGACCACAUCAUGGGAUGCACUUUCUCAGACCAAGGCUGCUCUGAGACACAUUGAGAACAGAUUAGAAGUAAGCCCUACAAGUACAGCUGUGAUUGAUUCUGUGAUGGAUGCUAAGAAGUCUGCAAGCGCUACCCGAAAAAUAAGUAGGAAAGAUGGUGGAUGUCUAGAUGAUUCUUGGGUCAGUGCUCCAACUUCCAAAUAUUCUAAACCACGGAAAGAGAAAUCUCGUAGUCCUCUCAGGGCUACCACCCUGGAAAGUAAUGUUAAGAAAAACAAUCGUGUGGAGUUCCGUGAGCCUUUGGUUUCUUAUAGGGAAACCCACGGUGCACCUUUCAGCUUAAGUCCCAGUCAUCUGGAGUCAAAGCAUGUCUAUUGUAUUCACGAGGAAAAGCCGGAGAGUGGAAAGCAAAUGCUAGUCAGUCGGGAAGACCGGGAUAGCCAUUGCUGUGAUUUUGAGUGUGCUCAACCCUCUGUCAUCAGUGAUACAGUUGUUAGAUUUUUAAAUGAUGGACCAGCAAUUGAUGCAUUGCACAGUUCUGAAUGUUUAAUGAAAAUGGGAGUACAUGUAAGAACUGAAGAGGAAAUGCCCAACAGAACAAAAGGAAGUGAGAACAAUUCAAAGCCUUCUCUUAACAACAUGGAACAUGAUGUUGAUCCGAAAGUGUUGCUGCUGUCUGACUCUUCUCCAUCCUCUAGUGCCUGUAAUUCCCAAAGAUUAGAUAUUUCAAAGCGGCAACAACAUGAUAUUAAGCUGGAAAAACUUAAAGAGCGGAUUAGGAAACAGUGGGAACACUCAGAAGAAAUAAAUGGCCAGGCCCAGACUCUAGGUCAUAUUGACCAUCCAGUAAUGGUUGUUAACGUUGACAACUCAGUGACAACAAAAGUCAGGAAAGUGGCAACAGCACCGCCUGCUCCAGCGUACAAAGGUUUCAACCCGUCAGAGACCAAGAUUCGCACUCCUGAUGGAAAAGUGUGGCAGGAGGCGGAGUUUCAAAGCAUGAGUAGAGAGCUGUACCGAGACUUAGCACUUCAGUUCACAGAUAAUACCACUGUAAAAGAGAAGCCUGUUGAAAAAAGUAAAGAGAAGAAAGUGGGUAAGCCAGUACGAAAAAUCCAAAAAGUGACACAGUUGUCAAAUCCAGAAUGCAAAACAGGUAGCAGUCGUUUGAUAAGCACGUCUUCUUGGCGAAAUGGACAGAAGCUAGUAAAGAAGAUUCUGGGUCCUGCACCCAAGAUGGAGCAAAAAGAACGAAGACCCAUAUCGAGUGACAGAAGUGGAAGAGAACGAGCGGCUAAAUUUGGGGGCCAUAUUGGAAGAGCAGAAUCGGACCCCAAGUUGGAUGUUUCACAUAAACAGCUUCCACGAAGCUCAGAACGUACAAGAAGUAGUAAAGCUUGGUCUGAAACUAAUAUAGUGAAAUCAGCUCUGUCCAUUCCAGACAAUAAGCAAGAGGAAAACGCUGCCUUAAACAAGGAUUUUUUGCCCGUUGAAAUUCGUGGAAUUCUUGAUGACUUACAGCUAGAUUCUUCAGCUCAAGCUGUGAGGCAAGAGGUUGGAGAGGCACAGAAUCAGAAGUCCUCCACCCCCGUACAAGCGCCUAGGAGUCAUAGCCCUGUGAAAAGAAAGCCUGACAAAAUAACAGCAAAUGAGGAUCCACCUGUGAUUUCCAAGAAGCGUCACUAUGACACAGAUGAGGUACGACAGUACAUUGUUAGACAGCAGGAGGAGAGGAGGAGGAGGCAGCAUGAAGAGAAGAAGGCUCAAAAGGAGGCUACGGAGCAGAAGAACAAACGAUUACAGGAGCUCUACCGGAGACAGAGAGAAGCCUUCUCUAAAGCAAAAACUGGGCCUCCUUCUGAUCCACUGGCCUCUAGACGACUACAGGAAACUUACUCCAAAUUGCUACUAGAAAAGGCUUUGUUUGAAGAGCCAGCCCAUCAGCAUGGUACACAGGAAACACAGGCUAGACCUGGGUAUCAACCAUCUGGAGAAUCUGAUAAAGAAAACAAAAUACAGGAACGUCCCCCAAGUGCGUCUUCCAGUAGUGACCUGUCCCUGUCAGAACCUCCACAACCUCUUGCAAGAAGAGACUUGAUGGAGCCUACAUGGAUGCAGCCUGACAGGUUGAGCCCUAGAGUUCAUAGUUCUCAAGCGCAGCCCCUUGUUGGAACGGCUGAAAAUUUACUCUCCCAUCUCUUGCAUCUUGAGCAUGUAGGAAUUUUGCACAAGGACUAUGAGUCUGUUUUACCAGCCAAGAAGAGUCAUAAUAAGGCUUCAGGACCGUUAACUUUCACACCUCAACCAUAUAUGACCUCACAAGCUCCUCAUCCUGAUGCCUUGUUAAAGCCUAGUACCAGCCAGUAUAAGACUAAACUGGAUCGUAUUGAAGCCCUGAAAGCAACAGCUGCUUCUCUGUCCAGUAGGAUUGAAAGUGAAGCUAAGAAGCUGGCUGGGGCCAGCAUUAACUCUGGGUCAGUGUGGAACACUGAGUGUGAUGUGAAGCUAGCACCUCAAGAGAAUGGACCUUGGACUAAAGCUAUCAGUCCACCUGUGAAAGAGGACAUUGAAGAUGCUUUCUCUGCUCGGAUUCAGAAGAUGCUGGGAACCUGUGUAUCUCAUGCAACUUUUGAUGAUGAGCUUCCUGGUGUAGGCAGCCUUAGUGAAUAUAAAAAACUUCCUGAGAUGAUCAGACCCCAGAGUGCCAUGUCAAGCUUGAGAAUGACAUCCCCGAGUCCUAAGCCAGGAGGGCUGCUGGCACAAUUGUGUAGGAGGCAGACUGAUUCUUCUAGCUCUGACAUACAAGCCUGUUCUCAAGAAAGAGCCAAAAGGUCCCUUUGUUCCAGCAUAGACUCAGUCAGUGAAGGGCCUCUUCUUAGUGAAGGGAGUCUGUCUGAGGAAGAAGGACGCCGGGAUGCACAGCCCCUUUUGAAGGUAGCGGAAAUCUUAAAGGAAAAAGAGUUCUGUGCUGGAGAGAGAAAUUCUUACGAACCUAUCAAAGAGUUUCAGAAAGAAGCUGAGAAAUUCUUGCCACUUUUUGGGCACAUAGGUGGUACACAAAGCAAAGGACCAUGGGAAGAACUGGCAAAGGGAAGUCCACACAGCGUCAUUAAUAUUUUUACCAAGUCAUAUCAGUUAUAUGGAAAAGGAUUUGAAGACAAGGGAACAUCGGUAUCACGGCCUUUGAAUGCCACCACAACCCCACUCAGCAGCAUUUCAUAUGAAGAUGACUUCGUCUCUUCUCCAGGAAGCGGGACACUGACAGAAAGGAAAUCAACUCUUGAAUCUCAAAUUGAUGGUAGCAACUUGAGUGUUCAGGAGGAGCAUUCUAGUGGAAAGUUUGCCUAUGGCCUUGCCUCUGUGGAUGCCACCUCCCAGCACUCCUCUGGAGCUCACUCUGCUGUGUCCACGCGUCCAUCAGCUUCUAAAGGAAAGAAGGGGAAGAAGGAAAAGAUGGACUGGUUGGAUUCACUCACUGGAAAUGCUCAGAACACAUUCAUUGAUGAGGAAAGAGUACAGUCAGACUCAGAACGUGGUUCCCAUCAGGGCAGGAAGCUUGGGCCUGGCAGCAAACUUGCUGUUAGAGACUAUGAGCAGACUCUGGAUGCUGAGAGCACAUUGGAAGAGCUCUCUGGGCAUUCUGUGAGUGGCUCAUCAGACAAGGGAAGAUCUCAGAAGACUCCAACUUCCCCACUAUCUCCAAGUUCACAGAAAUUGUUACAGUUUGACCUUCCUGGGACUUCUUUAGAAAGGUCUAAGUCCUCACUCAUAGUACCUCCAACUACAACUGGAUUUAAGCCCACUGCAGCUUUUACUGAUGUGAAUAAAACAGAGAUGAAUUCCACACCAGGUUCUCAGCGUUUCUCUCCUGCUGGCCUUCAGCAUCGCAUGGCUGCAGAACUCAGUUACCUGAGUGCCCUUGAGGAGUCAGUGCGCCAGCUGUCUGAUGUGGAAAGAGUUCGGGGCAUCGCCCUCGCUCAGCAGGAGAGUGUAUCUCUGGCUCAGAUCAUAAAGGCACAGCAGCAACGUCACGAAAGAGAUUUGGCUUUAUUGAAGCUAAAAGCUGAACAAGAGGCUUUGGAGUGUCAGAGACAGUUAGAAGGAACCCGGAACAAAGCAGCUCAGGUCCAUGCAGAAUCAUUACAGCAGGUGGUUAAAUCACAAAGAGAAGUGACAGAAGUUCUUCAGGAAGCAACUUGUAAAAUAGCAGCUCAGCAAUCAGAGACUGCGCGCCUGACCACAGAUGCAGCUCGGCAGAUCUGUGAGAUGGCAGAACUAACUCGAACACACCUCGCAGAUGCCAUCACAACUUCUGGAGUUCCCCUAGCAACACUCUACGACCACCAGCGGCAGCAUUUUCCAGAUUUCAUGAAACAACUGAGGACCAAAGCUGAAACAGAUAGGGUAAGUCAUUCUGCUUCAGUCUCCCAGAGUAAAGAAGGCACUGUGGACUCAAAGCGUCAGAAGUACUCCCCAGCCCAUGACAGUUAUUCUGAGUCUUCAAGAUAUCGGAGUCACGACUAUCGGCGUAGUGGCAGCAGCCGACAAGACAGCCCUUCAGUUCCACCUAGUAAGGAGAAUAAGACGACAUUCCAUGGUGAGAAGAUGGAGAGUUCAGUGGACGAACAGCUGCAGACGGCUGCGGACGAUUCCUUAGGAAGUGACAGUAUUCCAUCUCUGCCGGACGAGAAAGACUCAACUUCUAUUGCAACAGAAUACUCCCUGAAAUUUGAUGAAUCUAUGACAGAAGAUGAAAUAGAAGAAAAGUCCUUUCGAUCUUUGCUGCCUUCUGAGAGUCAUCGUAGGUUUAACAUGGAAAAGAAGAGAGGCCAUCAUGACGAUUCUGAUGAAGAUGCUUCCCCAGACAAGACCACACUGUCUUCUGCCAAGGAGCUGAGCAUGCCGUUCUCAGGAGGACAGGAUAGCUUUUCUAAGUUCACUAUGGAGAUGGUGCGACAGUAUAUGAAGGAAGAGGAAGUGCGCGCAGCUCACCAGUCCUCUCUUCUGCGGCUUCGAGAAAAGGCCUUAAAGGAAAAGACAAAGGCCGAAUUAGCCUGGCUAGAGCAUCAAAAAAAGCAUCUUCGAGACAAAGGAGAAGAUGACAAGAUGCCCCCACUGCGGAAGAAACAGCGUGGUUUGCUUUUAAGACUUCAGCAAGAAAAGGCAGAAAUAAAGCGUCUUCAGGAAGCCAAUAAGGCAGCUCGGAAAGAAAGGCAGCUGAUUCUAAAGCAGCAGGAAGAGAUAGAGAGGAUCCGCCAGACUACCAUAAAACUGCAGGAGAAGCUCAAGUCUGCGGGGGAGAAUAAGUUGGGCUCUCUUGGUGAUGAUGAUGAUGCAGAGGACAACAAGGCAGCCAGUCCUGGUCCACCUGGCAUGGAGACCCGCAGUCCUUCCCCAAUAUCUAUUUCCAGCAGUGAAACUAGCAGCAUCAUGCAGAAACUAAAGAACAUGAGAAGCCGCAUGGAUGAGAAGUUUCUGACAAAGCGAGAACAAAAGCUAAUGCAGCGUCGACAGCAUGCAGAGGAGCUCCUGGAGUGGAAGCGGCGUCUGGAUGCAGAAGAAGCAGAAAUCCAGCAAAUGGAAAAACAAGCUUUGGCUGCCUGGGACAAAGAACUAGUAAAACCCAGAACUCCCAAGAAAGAACUGGAGAGCCAGAAAACGGAGCAGAAAGGCAUAGCAAGUGAAGAGGGACCACCGAUGCCUUCUUACUCUCCGAGGGACAGUGAAAGUUGUGUUCCAGAAGAACUUGGCAGUCCACCGUCUGAGUGUAGGGCCCAGGCACAGCCUGGGAGUCCAGAUCACAGCUUACUUACUGAGGAGAUGGUUUGCUCUCAGGAACUGGAACCUACAUCUCCUGGUGAACAUUCACCUCCCAAAAGUUGCUUAUCUGUGUCAAAGCAAGAAUCUAGCAAAGCAAGUCACAGGACUGAAGGACACUGUCACCUGCCUGUCAAGUCUCACCAAUCCUGUUACAGUUGGUCGGAUGAGUCACUGUCUAUGACACAGUCAGAAACCACGUCUGACCAGAGUGACAUUGAAGGGAGGAUCAGAGCCCUGAAGGACAAGCUGCGGAAGAGGAAGUCAGUCGUGGAGCAGCUGAAGAAGGAGCAGAGGAAACGACAAAAGGAAAGAUUAAAAGCCCAAGAGGCCAGUCUGCUCAGACAGCUGGAGACUUAUGAUGAAUUCAUUAAGAAAACUGAAGGUGAGCUCAGUCAAGAUUUGGACACAUCCCCAACAUCCAAAUUUCAAAUUAAGAUUCUCUCCUCCGUAUCUGAAAAACCCAAAAUCAAGCCACAUCCACUUCACAGAUCUGAAACAGCAAAAACUUGGAAAUCUGUAACAGAGUCAGAGCGUUCCAGAGGGUCCUUGGCAUCCAUCGCUGAACAUGUUGAUUCUUCAUUAUCCUGUUCUGAGAGAGCCAUAUCAGAAAGGUCAUUAUCUGCAUAUGCAAAGAGAGGAAUUGAGGUGGACAGCUGGAUAGAACAUUUGCAGGCCUCAUCUCCAGUUCUGUCAUCUAGAAAAAUACAGACAGAGUCUAGAGACUCUCUCGAAAGUGCACCCUCAUCGUCUCCUGUGAAGGAAUUAAAUGCACCUGAUUGGAUUUAUGACGUGUCAGAGGCUAAGGCUGAAGAUUCUAGUCAGAAAUCAGAAAUCCAAGAAGUAGAAUCCAUGAAACUGGAGAGGAGUGAGGUUGAAGAUGCCUGUUGUAAGCAGUCAGGGGCAUCUGAAGUCCUACUGAAGCUAGACCUGACCUCUGAAACCCUGUCAAAUAAAGAGCUUGCCUCACACUCUGCAAGUGUGCAGCAGGACUCAGUUAAACCAGUCACAGAAACGGUCCAUGGAAAAGAGGAAGUACUAAAAGAGAAUCAGUCCAAUCAAAGUACAGAUGAUGGCAGUCAUUCAGCAGGAGGCAUCCCUGAGCAAGAAUGCAGAGAAAACAGGGACUCCCCAGUGUCAGGAGGCCUUUCUGUUCCUAAAGAAUCCUCCUACUCUGAAGAUUUUGAAGUGUCUUCUUUCAAGAAAGAGAUUUCAGCUGACGAGAUUAGUAAAGAUGACUCUGAGGUAUCAUCACCGUCACUCAGGAAAGACUCUCAGUCUCUCAGAGAUAAGUCACAGCUCACAAGGAGCUCUAGAAGCAGAACCACUGGGUCUGGAAGUGAUGAGGAGAUCAGCGAGUGCCUGGGUGAGAAAAGCCUCUCUGUCCACAGUGGUGUCCACUCUGAAAGGCUGCUGGAGCUCAGGUCCCCAACCGAGCUAAUGAAGAGUAAGGAGCGCAGCGACGUGGGGCACGAGCAGGGGGGGACUGAGCCCCUUCCCCUGGCUGCAGUUUCUGCCAUGGAGGAGCUACUAGAUUUCCACAUUGGGGAUAGGGUGUUGAUUGGCAAUGUUCAGCCGGGUACUCUUCGGUUCAAAGGUGAGACUGACUUUGCUAAAGGAUUUUGGGCUGGAGUAGAACUGGAUAAGCCUGAAGGCAACAACAAUGGAACAUAUGAUGGGAUUGUAUAUUUUGUGUGCAAAGACAAGCAUGGUAUUUUUGCGCCUCCUCAAAAAAUAUCUCACCUUCUAGAGAACUUGGAUGACUAUGUUGACAUAAAUGAAGAAGAAUCCCACUCAGAUGAACAGUACCAGCCCUAUAAUCAAGAGCAGAAAGAUAUAAAAUGUCUAAAAGACAGAGAAGACAAUAUAGCUGAGUAUUUUUGUGAGAACUCACUACCUAGUGUGCAUGAUACAGAUGCCUCAGUGGAUAAAAAUAGAGGCCUUAACACACAAACAGACUCUGCUGAGGUCCUGGAAGUCCAUGGUCACCAACAGUCUUCAGGAGAUCCUCUGAUUUCUUGUAAGGAGAACAAAGCCCUUGCUUCUGAUGCCACAGAGAAUGUUCCUGCUGCCGCACGUGCCACUGCUUCAGACAACACAUUUUCUGAAGAAACAAAGCAACAGCAGCUUGCAGAGAAGGAAGAGAACUUUUAUUCUCAAGUUUCAGAAAAACCUUCUACCCCCCUUCUGGAUCUUUUAACAAGAGAAAAAAACCAAUUAGAAGCCCAGCUGAAGUCAUCAAUAAGUGAAGAACAAAAGUGUAAGCAGCAGCUGGAGACAGUGAGCUUGCUAACAGACAGUCUGCUACAAGUCUUUGUGAAAGACACAGUUAGCCAACUACAGCAGGUCCAAAAGGCUAGAAAUGAGAAAAUCCACCUUAGCAAUCAGGAGUUUCUUGAGCAAAAGAAAGUACCACCCCAAGGCCCACCCCAGAACACUGAGGAGCUGUCACCCAGUGUCCCAAGUCGCUUUUUAAGGUCUGAGUUGGAAGAUGAAAAGGAAGAGAUUUCUUCUCCAGAUAUGUGUCCCAGACCUGAGAGCCCAGUGUUUGGUGCCAGUGGGCAGGAAGAGCUAGCUAAGAGACUUGCUGAACUUGAGAUCAGCCGAGAGUUCCUGAGCACAUUAGAUGAUCAAGACUGGUUUGAUGAAGAUUUUGGUUUGAGUUCUUCUCACAAGAUCCAAAAAAAUAAAGCAGAAGAAACAAUCGUACCUCUAAUGGCAGAACCUAAGCGAGCACCCCAGAAGCCAUGUGAGACAUUACUGGCAGUUCCCCACACGGUAGAAGAAGUAGAAAGCCUUGUACAUACCGCAGCGGAGGAGCUUUGGAAGUGGAAAGAGUUGGGUCAAGACCUGCAUGGCCUCAGUGUUCCUGCCAAGUUCCUUGGCGCUGCCUGUAAAGGUCUCGACAUAGGAAGCACAAGUACCAGAGUCUACAAACAGGCUGUUUUUGAUUUAACAAAAGAGAUUUUUGAGGAAAUAUUUGCUGAGGAUCCCAACUUGAAUCAGCCUGUCUGGAUGAAGCCAUGUAGAAUCAAUUCUAGUUAUUUCCGACGUGUGAAAAAUCCAAAUAACCUUGAUGAGAUCAAGCACUUCAUAACAACUGAAGUACUCAAACUGUUUAGUCUUAAGAAGGAGCCAAACCACAAAACAGAUUGGCAGAAAAUGAUGAAGUUUGGACGGAAGAAGAGAGACCGAGUAGAUCACAUCCUGGUCCAGGAGCUCCACGAGGAGGAGGCACAGUGGGUUAACUAUGAUGAGGAUGAGUUGUGUGUGAAGAUGCAGCUGGCUGAUGGCAUCUUUGAGACAUUGAUCAAAGAUACUAUUGAUGUUCUCAAUCAGAUCAGUGAAAAGCAGGGGAGAAUGCUACUUGUGUGACAUCUUGCAAAUAAAUCGAACACUGAGUGCUAACAUGA